UUGCUCGGCAGCAGCAGUCCAGACCGUCUCAAAAUGUUCAAGCUCGUGCUCGUCGCCUCCCUGUUGGCCGCGGCCAACGCGGGCAUCAUCGGGUCGCCGCUGCUGUCGCCGCUCGGCCUGGGCGGCUCCAUCAUCGCGGCGCCCAGGUUGGUGUCGCCCAGCAUCGCGCUGUCCUCGCCCGCCGUCGCCGUGUCCAGCCAGUCCAUCACCCGCCUGGCCGCGCCGCAGCUCAUCGCGUCCCCCCAGAUCAUCUCUCCCCAGCUCAUCGCGUCCCCCCAGAUCAUCUCCCCCGCCGGCAUCGCCCUGGCCGGCCCCGGCGCCCCCGCCGCCAAGAUCAUCGGCCCCGACGGCAGCAUCAUCGUGUCCCCCGGCAACCCCGGCGGCGUGGUGGCCACCUCCCUGGCCGGCCCCGGCCUCAUCGCCGCGUCCCCCGCCCUGGCCGCCACCAGGAUCGUGUCCGCGCCCUCCAUCGGCCUGUCCCCCCUGGGCCUGUCCCCGCUGGGCCUGUCCCCCCUGGGCCUCGGCAUCGGCCACCUGUAAGCAGCCGACGUCUCCUCCAGGACGACCGCAGUCCUCCCCCGUGAUGUGCCAUCUAGUGUGACAACAAAGCUUUGCCGUCCUGUGAUGCCUGGCGGUCUCGAAGAGGGCGCCGUCGAACGCGGGCCUCUCUUCGACGCCGCGGCCCCCGGGCCUCCGAGCUGGCGUCCUCCAGGUUCUCGGAGUGCAAGACGACUAAUCAGUAUUAGGGGGCGCUGCUGCUGGUGCUGCACCCCCCACCGCCUGUGUUCCAUUGUAAAUUAUUUCAAGAACGCGCGCAAAUAACGAAUAAAAAGAUUGCUCGACGGCAAA